UUCAUGCCGCUGUAAUCAGCUGCAGCUCCACAUGUCCGGGAGUCUGCAGACUCACUUUCACACACUUACUCUUUUUAUUCCCCUAUUACUGCACGUAGAAAAGGGUGUUUGAUCAAAUCGGUGGGGCCAAAUGACAGUUUUGCUUUGGGAAUUUUUUUCUUUUUUUGCAGCUUUUGUCUGUAAUUAGUUUCCUGGACCCCUCCCACUUUUCCGGGUUAUUUCUCAGAUCGCGGCUGUCCUCCCUCCUCACCGACGCUCUGAGGAACCACGCAGGCUGGGACUCACGUCAAGUUGUGCGUCUUUACGCUUUUUGAGCUCUGGAUAAUGAAACCAGAUCGGAUCGCCACCGCGGUUUGAGUUUUUGUUGUCUCCAGCAGUGCGUAAAAAGCGUAAUGGCAAAGAGGAUACAUGUCCACUCCUCGUAUUUCUGCUGACAUCGGGUGACUCCAUGAAACGGUUUGCGGGGCGCUUUGCAGACCGACACCUGCUUAUGGAGCCAGAAUGAUUACAAGAUGCUCACUACUCAGGCUAAGAAGAAACCAGUUCAUUUCGUCCCUCCUGUCCCUCCUCUCCAUAUGUGUCCUGCUGUUGAUUUAUGUCAAGUACAGCUACAUCAAUGAAUCUUUAUUUCCCCCAGACAAUCAUGAGUUUCACAGGUAUGACAUUAACUGCUCGGCUAUCUAUGACAUGGACCCGGUGGAGGUGGGGAAAUCCCUCAUCAUCAGAACAAAAAAUGUGGUGGAGGACACAGAUGAAAGUUUGGUUAACUUCACCUCUGACUGCUCAUCGUUCCUGCAGUUCAGAGGAUAUAAUGACGUGUGUGUCUCAGAGGAGGAGAGAGACUUUCCUCUCGCUUAUUCUUUAGUUGUGCAUAAAUCUGCCUGGAUGGUGGAGAGACUCAUCAGAGCGCUGUACUCACCUACAAACAUCUACUGCAUCCACUAUGACCAGAAGUCCUCGGCUCAGUUCAUCUCAGCCAUGGAGGGUCUGGCCGGCUGUCUGCCCAACGUCUUCAUCGCCAGCAAGAGAGAAUCCGUCUUCUACGCGAGUAUCAGCCGACUGAAAGCCGAUCUAAACUGCUUGUCCGACCUUUUGGGGUCAGAGGUCAAGUGGAAGUAUGUCAUCAACCUGUGUGGCCAAGAUUUCCCGCUCAGGUCCAACAUCGAGCUGGUGUCAGAGCUAAAGAGGCUAAAUGGUGCUAACAUGUUGGAAACAAGCCGACCCAGUCAGUCAAAGAAGAAGAGGUUCGCUUUUCACCAUGAGCUCAGAGAUGUCAGCUUUGAAUAUAAGAAGCUGCCGGUAAAAACGGAUCAGGUGAAGUCUCCGCCGCCGCACGGCAUCGAGGUGUUCUCUGGGAACGCCUACUUCGUGCUGUCGCGGGAGUUUGUCGUGCACGUUGAAUCCUCGGAUGUAGUGAAGGACUUUCUGACCUGGUCUGAGGACACCUACUCCCCAGACGAACACUUUUGGGCCACGCUUGUGCGACUGCCGGGUGUUCCAGGAGAGGUGUCCAGAUCACAGCCGGACAUCACCGACCUGAUGAGUAAGACCAGGCUGGUGAAGUGGCACUACCUGGAGGAGAAGCUGUACCCGCCGUGCACAGGGCAGCACGUCCGCAGCGUCUGUAUAUUCGGUGCAGCCGAAAUGCGAUGGUUGCUCAACUACGGUCACUGGUUUGCCAAUAAGUUUGACCCUAAAGUGGACCCCAUUCUCAUUCAGUGCCUGGAGGAGAAGCUGCAGGAAAAGCAAAAGCUUUUCCAGUCACAUGGCUCCUUGAACUGUCCAAAAGGUUGAUUGACAGCAUGCUGUAGAGCUGCAGUCGACUGACGGGGCACUAAUCAGCAACAAAUAUGACAGUUAAUUGUGUUUUUUUCGGAGUUAUUUUUCACAUUUUAUUGAAUUUGCUGCUUUUUCUUGUCUGAUAUUGUAGUAAAUUGGACUCUUGGUUGGGCAAACCAAAACAUUUGAUGACAUUAUCUUGAGGUCAACUGUCUGAACCCUCAAGCUGUUACUUCGGUAUUUUUUGCUCCUGUCAUAUUUUCUCUUCACUGUGGGCUCAUUUUUCACUGCAGUAUAAAGUCCUGCACCUCUUUGGAAACAACACAACCUUGACUAGAAGUAGACAUAACUUAGAAAUGUCUUCUGUGCAAUAAACAUUACAAUUUUGACUAAAUCUACAAGCUAGCUGAUUUUCACACGAUGCUGCUUAUCAACUAUAGAAUGAUAUUUCAUCGUAUAGCCAGGCCUAAUUUAUUUAAUUGAUCAGAUGUGUUUUAUUUACUCUAAGUCUCUCUAUCUAGUUCCCAUAUUUAUAUCCUCCCUGCUCUGUUUCAUAGCUGACUCAGUUAUGGCUUCCUAGGAGCUCAGAAUUUAUUUAUUUUUUAGCAGAAUCUGAUGCAAAUGGUUUAUUUUUGACAAAUUUUGAAACUAGAUGUGUAGAAUAAACAGAUUUUUAAGAAAUAUCACAUUUCUAAGUUGAGGUUUGAUCCAUUUUCCUGACAGAACUGCACAAAAUUCCAACGUUUCUCUCUGUUUUUGCAGUUUCUGGCUUUGAUUAAUGCUUUCAAACCUGCUGGCAGGUUUUGGGGUUCAGAGGGUUAAGCAGUGAUGAAGGGCAUUCAUCUGGUGUUUUUGCAGCCGAAAGUUUAAACGAUUAAUCAUUAGUUUCAGCCAAACUAGACUAAUAUUUGGUAUCAGACAGAGCCACAACAAAUCACUGAUUAUUUGUUAAUUGUUAAACCACUAUUCUACUAAGAACAAUGAUGGGAUGGAUCAGUUUUGAGGUUUUUCUAUCAGAAAUGCAUGAUGCCUUAAAGGGACAGCUCACUCAAACUACUCAGCAUUCUCUCCAGACAGAUUUGUGAACAAUAUCUGAGAGAAAUAGUGAUAUUGUGUAUGUGGAAAAAGUUUUAGGUCUUUGAGUUCAUCUCAUAAAAAAUGGGAGCAAAAACAAAAGUGUUGCAUUUAUAUUUUUGUUGAGUGUAGAAUAGUCAUUUACCACUUUAACAAUGUCUAGACUGUAUUUCUGAUUAAUGCUAUCUUCAAAAAAAUCUGCUUUUCUUUCAAAAAUAAGGACAUUUCUAAAUGACCCUAAACUUUUGAACAGUAAUUUAUAUUACAUUGAAUCACCAUAAACAAGUUAACCAAAAAAUACUAAUUUUAAGCUUUCUUUCUCUUGGAAAAAUGCAUUUCCCUACUCUUGCAAAAAUGUUUUAAUGGAAAUAAUGCCGCAAUAACAUUCGUAAUAUUCAAUACUGUAAUUUUUGUAUCAGUUUCGAAAAGAAUAAAAAUUUUCCCAGUAAAAUGUGUGUGCUGAUAACAGAAACAUGCUACAAUAUUUAUAACAAGCAACAUGCCAAUUUUUUUUUGCCAUUAUUUCAUUUGUUACCAGUCAAAUUGAUGUACUUUGUGUUAACAGUGGACAUAUGCUUUAAUAUUUAUGACAGCCAAUUAUUGUGUUUAUGUUAAAAAUGCAUAUUAAUGUUAAAUAUUAAAUGCACCAUCUGUUGUGCUGAAAAUGGGAAAAUGCUGUAAUAUUCAUAAUAGGUUGCACAAACUUUAUUUUAUAUGAUAUUUUCAAACUACAUUCUUUGGAAAAAAAACUAAAACUUUGUUGUUGUUGUUUUUUACAGUUCUGUUAAUAUUUUAAUUCACUUUCACAAUCUUUGCUGUGUAAGACUGCAACUGGACUUUACAAAGAUAUACUGUGUUUAUAUUGUGUUACCUCUCAUUUAUGUGGUUUUGUGUCUCUUUGGGACAGUUUUGUCUCCUUUCAGUCUUUUUGUGUCUAAUUUGUGUUGUUUUGCGUCUCAUUUUUCAUUUCUAUCUCACUUGAGUCGUGUGGUCUAAUUUUUUUGUCAUUUCUUUUAGUGUGUGUCAUUUUGUGUCUCAUUUGUGUUGUUUUUCGGCUAAUUGUUUCCUUGUGUCUAGUUUGCGAUUUUGUUUGUGUCUUUUUGUGACACAGGAAGACACAAACUUUCUAUGAUUUUGUGACCUGCUUUUUCAUGUGUCACAAGUUAAUUUUACGUUUCGUUUGUUUUGCUUCAGGUCUAUUCUUCUUUUGUGUCCCGUUUAUGUCAUUUCAUGUCUCUUUCAGACAAGUUUGCCUCUUUUUUUGUCCUUUUGUGUCUGGUUUCCAUCAUUUUUGUCUAAUUUUCCAUCUCUGUCUUGCUUAUUUUGCCUCAUUUCUGUGGUUUAUAACUCACUUUUCUUUUGUGUGUAGUUUGUAAAGUUUUGUUCAUGUCUCGUGACGCUUCUGUCUCCUUUCUGUCAUUUCCUUUCUGCGGUGUCUCUUUUUUGUCAAGUUGUGUUUUGUUUUUCUUCUGUGUCUCAUGUGUGUGUCAUUUUGUUCUGCUUUUUGUCAUUUUGUGUUAUAUUUUUUGUUCACUUCACAUGACCAGUUUUUACAAUAGCCUGGUGUUAAGUUGUAUUUUGAAAAAACAGUUAACUACUGUUAGAAUUUGGCUGUAUUUUUACAGUAAUUCAUGCCAUUGUAUGACCAUACAAAAGUCUUUUCUCUCGGUAAUCUAACUGCUGGAAACAAGCAGUUUCUGACUCUCUAUAAAGGCUCUCUAUAAACACUGCAAACGGAACCGUGGCUGGCAAAAAAUCAUGCUCAUGCAUACCAAGUAACACUCAAAUAUAAAGUGCUCGCAAAGAAAAGCUGCUCUGCCGGUGUUAAACUCACACAUACUGUAUGUGCACUUACAUUAAGUGAAACAAGUCAAAAACCGCUCUUUGUGAAGCCUGUAGCACUGAUUAUCAUUCUAUACACCCACUGGACAAGAUUAGAAAACUACCAGAUAAGUUCAAAACUUGAUUGUUCAUUAUAGUGGCAAUUUAUCUGUCUUGCACAAAUUCUCAGGUACAUUACAGGAGGUGCUUAUCAUCAAAGUCCAGGAAUUUAUAAAUGAAUUCAAAUAAUUUAAAGAGGCUACUGCUCCAAACAAAAGACACAAAAGACGACAAAGUGAAUCAUGUCUGUAUGUGUGUUGACUCUGCAGGGACAAUAUUAAAUAUGAAAAAUGUAACAUUUUCAAGUAUUUGAAAGUGCUACAAAGUGCCUGAAAUCCUUCCUAUUUGUGUCGUCUUUUAACAAGGAAACAUGGAAGUCACGAUCUCCGAUCUAUGGAUACUCUUGCAAUUUGUCGUCUACAAAGUACGAUCUGAACUGGGCAAAAAGCAUUUCGGUUUUCUGCGCCUAAUGCUUGGAAUAAUCUCAACUCCAACCUCAAGAACUUGUUCCACUGAAUGAGUUUAAAACUCUGGUGAAAUCAACGCACUCUACCUCGUCUGUGUGCAAGUGUUAUAUGUGAUCAAGUGUUAAUGUUGUUAAUUUGAUCUGCUGUUUAUUGUUACUCUGCCAAGGAGUUAUGUGACGAUCAGCGUUCAU